CUAUUUAAUUCAUACGUCUAUUGACAUGAAACAUUUUCCUUCAUAAACUAGGUCAUAUUUUUAUCUACCAUAUUAUUUUACUAUUAUUAUUCUUGUAAUCCACACAUUGGAAUGAAUAAGGCUAAAGGCCCAGAAAUAUUAAAUAAUUGUGGCACCUGCGACCAGCUUAAAAAAGAUUUUGACGAGGAAAGCAAUGAUGAGGGCUCUUGUUCAACGGAUUCUGAAGAGGAAACUUCGUCUAGUUGUACAAACAACUCUAUUAUUGAGCUGAGCUUAGGGCGCCUAUCGUCUCAAACGAGCCGAAGUACCUUUAGAAGAAGCGUUCUACCAAACAAAUCGUUCUCUUCAGAGAAAGUUAGAGAUAUUGAAAGAAGAAAUGCAAUUUUGGUGGAGAAAAUUCUCUAUCAUAAUAGAAGACCUAAUCAGUAUAAGACUUAUGCUAGUCAACCUGUAAAGAAAGCAACUAGUUCAGAAAUCAACAGAAGGAGACAUCAAGAGAAGAUCAGUAGAGAAAAUGAGAUCCUGCUUAAAAAAUCCAGUCCGUAAAACCAUGUGUAAAAUACAAAUAAAAUUAAAAUAUAUUUAUUCCUAAUAGUCACGAUGUAUGAAAUUGGUAAUAAAGUAUUUUUAAAUA